UGGUAAACUACCUUGCCAAUUUUUCAGACCUUAGAUAGCAUUGAUGGCAAUGCAUGAGGAUGAAUCUUUAAUUGAUUUUUUAAAGAAAAAAGGAAUAUUUAAAGAGAGUCGAUUGAGAAGCCUCUUUUCUGAUUUCAGGAACCUUUAUUUAAAGAAUCCAGAGGGAUUUAAAGCUAAUAUAGACACUUGGAAAGAUGCGAUAGAAACAGCAAGUUUCCAUAACAAAUUGAAAUCUAAAUUAACAGUUCGUUUUGAUGAAGAUCUUGAAAAUUCCUUCUUUAGUUCAUCAUUUGGGAAACCUUUAAGCUUAGGAGUAAUUGCUAGUUACUUACAUGAAAAGGGUAUAUGGCCUAAGAUUAGCGAGUUUCUACAUGUGUGCAAGGAUCCCAAUUUGGGAUCACAGUCUUAUUUUUCACUACAUUCCUGGAUACAGUGGGGAAGUAAUAUCAUCAGCUCUCGACUUCAAAGAGGAAUUCAAUUCGGAUCCUCUUAUCCUAGUGAUAUCCUGGUACUUGUGAAAAACGUUGAAUUACUGGCCAGCCUUAUACGAAAAGAAGCUCAUCGAUUACAAAGCACGUACACAAGCACUAUAUAUACAUGGAGUUCAUUCCAAAGUACAUUUGGACCUAUUCUAUGGAAAGAUACGAUACUGUCUUCAGAUGAACUGGAAUGCUUGUUACAAUGGAUGUGCCAUCGAAUGCAUUUAAUUGUCUUUGACAAGGACACCAUCAAAUUUUUACCCAGCGAUACUCAAGAGGGGAUCCUUGAAACUGCCGAUAAAUCGAUUGCAGCAAUUAUGGAAUCCAGAAGCUCUAUAUACAAAAGCAAGGAUGCUGUCAAUCAAAAGAUUGAAGAUUUUUCUUUGAGGGUUCAGGAAGCGAUUUCCAAAGCAGAGAAACUAACUGCCCUUACAUAUUUACGAAGAAAAAAAAUACUAUUGAAGGAGUCCGAAAGAAAAGAAGCAGCUCUUCUUCAAGUGGACUCUUUACUUUCCAGUAUUGACGAGGCCUUUGAAAGCAAACUACUUUUAUCAGCACUCUCGUCAGGCUCUGAAGUACUCAAGUCUGUUGUCGGUCAAAUGGGCGGUAUAGAACAUGUGAAUGAGAUUUUAGACUCUGUCCAAGAAGCUAAGCUUGAUUUCCAAGAAAUCGAUUCUGCCAUCACUGCGACAACUGCUCCGGAAGCUGACGUUGACACAGAAGAACUAGAGAAAGAAUGGGAAGAUCUUAUCAAAGAAGAUAAGAAGGAAGAGGACCUUACUGCUAUGCUUAACAGAGUAUCUUUAAACCCCUCUUCUAAGCCUUUACCUUCUUCCAAAGGACAGUUGUCGAAAGGAACAGAACCCACUAUGAAAGAAGCCGAGCCAUCCUCAUAAUUUUAAUGUCCUUCUUUACCGCUUUAUACUUAAGUUAUAUGUCGAUGCACUUGUAUGAACUUGUACUACAUUUGGAACCUGUGACUCUAAUUUGUUGACGACUGAUUUAAGUCAAGCAAUAAUAAUGACUAAUGUAUUCUACUUUCUGUUUUUAUUUUUUUUAUUGAUAGCUUCCUCUUAGUCAGUGUUGAGAUCUCGUAAGCUUACAAAGCUUUUUGUUUUAGUUUUUAGGUAUUCAGUUUCGAACAUCUGCUUGUAAAAAUUUAUUAAUUUCUACUUAUGUGAGAAAAAAUAAAACUUCAUUUGCUCCAUG